AUGGAACCUUUUCAACAUCAGAGGCAAAUUCAGAAAUACAGAAGGAAACUUGGAAUGCCUUAUGCUGGUUCCAACUGUAAUGAAAAAAUCUGGUUCUUUGUUCAACAUAAUGUUGAUGUUGAGAUUCUAUUGGCUACUGAGCAAUCUAUUACUGUAAAGCUGCAGUUCCAAGAGUAUAGUAAGGAUAUGGUGGUCACAAUGGUGUAUGCUAAAUGUUCUGAAGUGGAGAGACUGCAGUUGUGGGACAAUCUAUACCUCUUAGCUAGUAAUAUGACAUCUCCCUGGUUGGUUGGUGGAGAUUUCAAUGUUUUAUUGAAUGAAGAAGAAAAAAUAGGAGGACAACAGUUUUGCCACAAGAAUAUGAAGAUUUUGCCUUUUAAUUGGUUUGGACAACUAGAAGUGGAACAUUUGUCAAGGAUUGGUUCUGAUCAUGCACCAUUACUUCAAUGGGAUACAGUCUUAACUGAUGAUGCAUUUAUGUCAUUUAAGCUCAAGAUGAAGAAACUGAAAACUGCCUUAAGUACUUGGAGUAAGACUACUUUUGGGGACAUUUUUAAACAACUUGUUAUAAGAGAGGAAAUAGUUAAGAUUAAAGAGCAGUUGUUUGAAGAAAAUCCAUUAGAAGAAAAUAUAAUGGUCAUGCAAAGGGCACAGGCAGAACUUAUACUAUAUCUUCAUUAUGAGGAGGAAUUCUGGAGGCAAAAAGCCAGGAUGGACUGUUUUUCUGAAGGUGAUAAGAAUACAAGAUAUUUCCAUAGCCUGGUAAAAGGAAGAAGAAAGAGAAUUCAGAUCAGGAGGAUAAAAGAUAAUGAUGGUAAUUGUCUUGAGGAUGUUGAUAGUGUUGCUGCACAAGCUGCCAAUUUUUCCAUAAGCAAUUUACUCAUGAGGAGAGAGGAGGAUAAUAUUUUACUUGCUGAGCAACCUACCAUGGAGGAAGUACAGAAGGCUGUAUUUGAAUUAAAUGGAGAUAGUGCCUGUGGUCCUGAUGGUUUCUCUGGUAUAUUUUAUCAAAAGUGUUGGGAGGUGAUAAAGGCAGAUGUAUGUAGUGUGGUUAAAGCUUUCUUUGAAGGACAAACUCUUCCAAAAUCAAUAACUCACACACAUCUGGUUUUACUGCCAAAGAAGAAUGUUGUUGACACAUUCUCUGAUAUGAGGCCUAUAAGUCUUAGUAAUUUUAUCAAUAAGGUCAUAUCCAGAGUAGUACAUGACAGAAUAGAUAAGCUACUUACAAGGGUGAUAUCUUCAAAUCAGUCUGGUUUUGUAAAGGGCAGAAAUAUAAUUGAGAAUGUGUUGUUGACACAGGAAAUUGUUACUGAUAUAAGGAAGAGGGGAAAACCAGCAAAUGUUGUAAUUAAGCUGGAUAUGGAAAAAGCAUAUGAUAGGGUCUCAUGGUUAUAUAUCUGUAAAGUCAUGGGAAAAAUGAGAUUUUCUCCAUUCUUCAUUGAUCUGAUAUGGAGGCUGUUGGCAAAUAAUUGGUAUUCAGUCCUUUUAAAUGGCCAGGCAUAUGGUUUCUUUCAUUCUACAAGGGGUGUCAAGCAAGGAGAUCCACUUUCUCCUGCUUUCUUCAUCAUUGCUGCAGAAGUUCUUUCAAGGGCCUUAAAUUCUUUGUUUGAUCAGUCUGAUGAUCAUGGCAUUAUUCAGGAAUAUGAGAAAUUAUCUGGACAGAUGAUAAACAAGAGAAAAAGUUCUUUCUAUUUGUUCAGCAAGGUAUCACAGGAGUUAAGUGAGCAGGUAGAAACAAUAACAGGAUUUGUGAGAGGACACUUUCCUUUUACAUAUCUUGGAGUUCCCAUUACUCAUGCCAGAAAAAAGAAGGUGGAUUAUACUGAAUUAUUGAAGAAAAUCAAAGACAGGUUACAAACUUGGAAGGGCAAGUUACUAUCCUAUGGAGGUAAAGCAGUGCUGAUCACUAGUGUGCUUCAAAGUAUUCCAAUUCAUGUUUUAUCUGCUAUAAGACCUCCUAAAUGUGUGGUUUGGGUUUCAGUUCUAUCUAUGACACAUCCAAAGCUCUAUGUGCUAAACUCUGGUGGAAGUUUAGAACCACUAGCUCUCUUUGGGCUAAUUUCAUGUGGAAUAAAUACUGUUGAAGAUGUUUCAGAACUUAUGACAGAUGGAAAAUGGAAUAUUAGCAAACUAAUGCAGCUGUUUCCUGAGGAUAUUGUGCAGCAUAUAAUACAGGAAAUUGACAUUAAGUAUGCAUCAAAUGAAUGGGAUAUACCUUGGUGGAUGAUGACAAGCACAGGCAAGUUUACAGUAAGCAGUGCAUGGCAAUUACUGAGACAAAAAGCUAAUGUGAUAGUGCCAUUUCAGAAUAUGUGGAUUAAAGGGGGAAUUGGCUACAAAGGUCUGGAGAUACUUCAAUAUGGGGGCAGGACUGAGCAUGAACUGUGUUCAGGUCAAGCAAGCUAUAAGAAGUUGGUGGGAAGCAAAAUGCCAUUUCAAAAUGAAGACCAUAUACAAAGCAGUGUCUGCUUUUAUAGUGUGGGAAUUAUGGAAGUGGAGAAACAAUAG